AUGUUCAAGUUGAUUUUACUCUUCUUGAUCCUGAACAUUCCACUUCAGUUGGCAAGUUUUAUUCAUCCCAAGUGCUUUUGGAAAGUGAAGAAUAUUGAAUAUGAGGUUGGCAAAUUGGGGAUAUGUGGCUUUUUAUUUUACACUGUACCAUGGCCACUGGAGAUAAAGGAUUUUUUUUUCUUUUUUUUUCUUUUUCGAGACAGGGUUUCUCUUGAAGCCAAUCCCAUUGUAUUGGCCUUAGCUUUUACAGUGGAUGAAGUCAACAGAAACCCUGAUCUUUUACCAAAUAUGUCAUUAGCAUUUCAAUAUUUUCCAAGUCAAUGUGAUACUAUUUCGCAAUUAUACAGUGACAUUCAAUCUUCUGUAAUCACUGAUAAUCCUGAGAAUUAUAUAUGUAAUGGAAAUAACAUGUGUACAGUGGUACUUUCAGGACCAAACUGGGCAAAAUCUUUAAUAUUUGGUAAAGCAAUGGACCUCAGAUAUUCACAGCAGGUCAUUCAGCUUACCUUUGGACACUUCCAUCCCAUCCUCAGUGAUCAGGAACAGUUUCCUUAUUUGUAUCAGAUGGCCCCCAAGGACACAGCUCUAGCCCUGGCCAUGAUCUCUCUCAUGAUUCACUUCAGCUGGAACUGGGUAGGGCUGGCCAUUUCAGACAAUGAUCAGGGUACCCAGUUUCUCUCAGAUUUGAGAAGAGAGAUGGAACAAAAUACAAUCUGCUUUGCCUUUGUGAACAUGAUUCCGGUCAACAUGAAUUUAUACAUGUCAAGAGCUGAAGUGUAUUAUAACCAAAUCAUGACAUCAUCCUCAAAUGUUGUUAUCAUUUACGGUGAUACAGACAGUACUCUAGCUGAGAGCUUUAGAAUGUGGGAAUCUCUAGGUAUACAGAGAGUAUGGAUCACCACCUCACAGUGGGAUGUCAUUCCAAGCCAGAGCGAUUUAACACUUGACUCAUCUCACAGGACUCUAGCUUUUGCACACCACCAUACUGAGAUUUCUGGUUUUAAAAAUUUUCUCCAGACCUUGAGCCCUCUCACCCCAAAUGAAAUCCUGCCAAGUCUGGAGUGGAUGAAAUUUAACUGUGAAGUUUCAGAUUCUAAGUGUAAGACACUGAUGAAUUGCUCAUCCAAUGCCUCAUUGGAAUGGCUAAAGGUAGAGACUUUUGACAUGGCAUUUAAUGAUGUCAAUUACGAUAUAUAUGAUGCUGUGUAUAUGGUGGCCCAUUUCUUCAAUAUGAUGCUUCUUCAGCCAGUCAACAAUGGAAAAGAAUCCCAAUCAAAUUGCUUGAAGCUGCACUCCAUUCUUAGGAAGACCCACUUCACCUAUACUGUUGGGGACAAAGUGAAUAUGAAACAGAAAGAAAAGCUGCAGGCAGAGUAUGACAUUUUCCAGAUUUGGAAUUUACCAAAUGGUCUUGGACUUAAGGUGAAGAUUGGAAAGUUUAGCCCAUAUUUUCCACAUGGUCAACAGCUCUAUUUAUAUGAAGACAUUAUAGAGUGGGCCGCAGGAAGUAGAGAGAUGCCGCCCUCUGUGUGCAGUGCUGAUUGUGGUCCUGGAUUCAGAAAAUUCUGGCAAGAGGGAAUGACAGUCUGCUGUUUUGAUUGCAACUCCUGCCCAGAAAAUGAAAUAACUAAUGAGACAAAUGUGGAUCAGUGUAUGAAGUGUCCAGAGGAGCAGUAUGCGAAUGCUGAGAAAAACCGGUGCAUUCCCAAAUCUGUAGUCUUUCUGACCUAUGAAGACCCCUUGGGGAUGGCUCUGAUCUUAAUGUCCAUGUGCUUCACUGCAUUCACAACUGUGGUUCUUGGGGUAUUUGUGAAGCAUCAUGACACUCCCAUUGUCAAGGCCAAUAACCGCAGUCUCAGCUACACCUUGAUCAUCUCACUCCUCUUUUGUUUCCUGUGUCCCUUGCUCUUUAUUGGCCAACCUAAUGCAGCUAAAUGUAUCCUGCAGCAAAUCACAUUUGGAGUUGUAUUCACUGUGGCUAUUUCCACUGUGUUGGCCAAAACAGUUACUGUUGUUCUUGCUUUCAAAGUCACAGCCCCAGGAAGAAGGAUAAGGUUCUACUUGACUUUAGGGGCUCCCAACUCUAUCAUUGGCAUCUGUACCCUCAUCCAAAUUAUUCUCUGUGCAAUCUGGCUGGGAAUUUCUCCUCCAUCUAUUGACAUUGAUGUACACUCUGAGCAUGGCCAAAUCAUCAUUGUGUGUGACAAGGGUUCAGUUACUGCUUUCUACUGUGUCUUGGGAUACCAUGGCUCCCUUGCCUUUGGGAGCUUCAUUGUGGCUUUCUUGGCCAGGAAUCUCCCUGACACAUUCAAUAAAGCCAAGUUGCUGACCUUCAGCAUGCUGUUGUUCUGCAGUGUCUGGGUCACCUUUCUGCCUGUCUACCACAGCACCAAGGGCAAGGUCAUGGUGGCUGUGGAGGUCUUCUCCAUCUUGGCUUCAAGUGUUGGCCUGCUGGGAUGCAUUUUUGUUCCCAAGUGCUACAUAAUUUUGUUAAGACCAGAGAGAAAUUCUCUUCAAAAGUUAAAGGAAAAAAUAUCUUUCUGA